AUGGCUUCCACCUCAAAAGUCCCGAUAGAGGAAGAAACCCAGCCUCGUCCCGAGUCUCCUGGUAAUGGAAUCUCUAGAGCGAGCUCUCAAAAAUCCCCAGCAUCGAUAUCAUCUAAAUCAAGCUCGGAAAGCGACCGGUCCCAAAACGCGCCGGAAAUACAUACAGACGAAUUAGACCUAGACAAUCCAUUUGAGAAGGACAACGACGCAGAACUGGCGAGCAAGGUGAAGACUUUUGUAGAAACAGACCUAGGGUUGGAUAAACACUUCGAACUCCUAAACUGUGGAGCACAACUGGCGAAAGACAAAAACAAUGCCUUGGCCAACGAGUCCUUAUCCCAAAAUUUCUCGGAUGAGCAGAAAGGUUAUCUCAUGGAUGACGAAAAUCUUAGCAAGAUAAGUAUAUGGCCACUUAGCGUGUUGCGACGCAUGAUAUAUGGCAGCCACUCAUCAGAAGGGCCUAAAAAUCGUGAAGAGCACGCUGGGUUUUGGGGACAAUCAAAAUAUCUCAAAGGAUCCCUACUAUCAGCCUGUCUUGCUGGAAUUAUUCAGGGAUGGACGCAAUCUGCGAUGAACGGGGCAAAUUUGGGGAUAACAGAGGAAUUCAACCUCCAUUACACAAGGGGAGACAACGGCCAAAGAAACACUGGGGAUCUAUGGGUUUUUGGGGUUUUAAACGCCAUUCCCUUCCUUGCAGGUGGACUGCUGGCACCUCUCGUCUCUGACCCAUUGCAAGAGUACUUUCUUGGACGCAGGGGCGCUAUUGCCGUUGCAUGUGUUCUCUCGAUCGCUGCGACGAUAGGGCAAUGCUUCGCAACGUCAAUUGCCCAAAUAAUAGGCUGCAGAAUCGUUACUGGGUUAACAUUGGCGGCAAAGGCUUCAUCGGCUCCACUCCUAACAGCUGAAGUGGCCCCGAAUCAUCUCCGCGGAAACCUCUUAUCCACGUGGCAGUUGAGUGAUGCUUUUGGCAUCUUCUUGGGGUUCUCAUCCAACCUGGCAACCUUGCAUAUGAACGCUCCAAAUAAAAUUAUCUGGCGAGUCCAGAUCGCCACAAUCUUGAUACCGACUAUCAUUCUACUGUUUAUCGUAUAUUUUAUGCCUGAAUCUCCACGAUAUCUAAUGAAGCGAGGAAGGCCUGUGAAAGCCCUCGACUCUUUCACCAUGUUACGACCGUCGCCAGUUUCCCGCUUGCUUGCAGCUCGUGACUUAGUGUACGCCCACUUCCAACUGCAAAUGGAAUGCGAAUCCAUAAACAAGCGCAGGGCAAUUCGGCUAGCUCAAAAGCUCAACUCCAAGGAGACAACCCCCACAGCAAUAGGAAAAGAAGACGAAACGGAAAUGGAAAAGGGAAAGGGAAAUAACGUGUCUGAAAAUGAAAUCGAAGUAGCCCCCAAGAAUGAAGAAAAUAGACCUGAUAUCGAAAAAAUACCUGAUGUCGAAAAACAAGGCUCGGCUGGCCUGGUGAGACCGUUAUAUGUAACAUCUGAUUCAGGGACACACUUUUCUCUUGACUUUUUCCGACGAAUCAAACAAACAUUUAACGACGCCCGAUCGCGAAGGGCACUCGUUUGCGCCUCAACUGCGAUGAUUUCGCAGCAAUUGACUGGCAUCAAUACAAUUAUGUUCCUCUCUGCGACCCUCGUGAGCACCAUUAAAGCCUCCGACCGCACCGGAGCGUGGGUAGGCUUCGGCAUCGGACUCUGUAACUUCGUAUUUGGGACGCCAGCAUUUUGGCUGCUUGACUUCGUUGGCCGAGCGAGAAUGCUUCUGCUUGGCUUUGUACCUAUGUUCGUAUUGAUGUUGAUCCUCGCAUUCUCCUUCAAAGAGGGCGCUGAGGGCGCCGCCCUCCCGCCUCUAGUUGGUGUCUUUGGGUUCUUCUAUCUGGUCGCCUAUUCGCCCACGGCUGGGACGUCUCCUUUCGCCAUCUCUGCCGAGGUCUUUCCACUCGUUGUGAGAGAAGUCGGGCAUUCGCUUGCCGUGGCCGUGAAUUUUCUAGGCCUUGGCCUUGUGCUGUUGAUCUUCCCAUCUUUGUCGGGUGCCAUGGGUGGAUAUAGGGGUUCAUUGUCGCUUUUUGCGGGACUUAAUUUGGUUGCGUUUGUGCUAUGUUUCCUUUUUGUUCCGGAGACGAAGGGCAGGUCGCUUGAGGAACUUAGAUCUAUAUUCGAUAUCCCGACGAGGCAGCACAUCAAAUAUCGCUCGAAGUAUGUGGUGCCGUGGUUGUGGAGAAGAUUCCUACAUAUAGUGGCGGCCCGGUUGCCUUCAUGGCUAAAGCGAAAGCCAAAGUCAAAAGGAGAUGCCCAAGAACCUAAUCCUACCAUUGGCUUCCUUGAGUUCCGCGGGUGGUAUGACGGUGAGGUACUGCGGCUGGCUAUCAAAGCCCGGAAUGCCGAAAUUCAGGCGGCUACAACUGCGGCUGCUCAAGCGCAGGCUCCUCAAGCUGAGGAGGACCAUGCCCAGGCUGCCCAACAAAAAGAAUCUGAUCCAGUGCCAGCAAAUAAGGAGAGUAUAGGUGUUAGCUAA